UGACGCAAGUUCCCCAAAGACAUCGAGGGGAAGGGGGGGGGGAGGAGAAGGAGCGGGGGGGGGGGGGGAUGGAUGUGUCAGCGGCACGCUGCGCCCAGAUGUGCUCCAGCUCCCGCUGCCGGGCCCCAAGCCCUGGGCUCCCCGCAGGGUGCCCCGGAGCAAAGCCACAUCCCCGGGGGGGCGGACACGGAGGGCACGGCGCGGGGGGGCCUCCCCCUCACCCCCAACCCCGGACACGUGUGGGCGCCCCCCCGGCGCUCCUCUCUCUCCCGGCAGCUGCUCGGCAGAUGGGCUCGCAGCAGCCACAGCCCCGGGCCCCUCCGCGGGGCUGCCGGCACGGCCGGCCCCCAGCUCCCCCCUCCCCGACGGCUUGGCCUGGAGCCGAGCUCCCGGGGCGGGGGCCGUCCCCGCUGGGCCGCGGGGGUGAGACGCGAGGCCGGCCAGGAUAAACAAGAGGCCCCAGCGCCGGCAGCGCGGUGGCUCGGCCGGCGCACACCGCAGAGCGCUGCAAUAACAGCCCGGGGGCCGCCGCCGUCAAAGGGCCCUUCUUCUGCACGGCGCCCGUCGAGGCUGGAAGGGGUGGGAGAGGGGGGGGGCGGAGAGCGGGGCUGGCGUCCUGCAGGCUCGGGGGGGCGGUGGCCGGGCCCUGCCCUGCCCUUCCCGGGCCGCCCCCCGCCCCCCGCCCCGAGGCGCGCAGAGGGCGCACGGCGCGCCCCGGACGCCCCCUCGGGGCUGCGGCCGCGCACGUGGACGGAGCGCGCGCGCGCGCCGCUGGCCACGCCCCCUUCCCCCGAAACCACGCCCCCCUCGCCCAUCUCCCGCCACCUCGCCCCACUCUGUCCCCGCCCCCCCCGAGGCUCUCCGCCAAUGGGAGGCGCCCCCGCGCUCGGCUCCGCCAAUCAGAUGGCGAGGACGGCGUCCCCCGUCCCCAUGGAGACCGAGGGGGGGAGCGCGGGAGAGGAGCCCCCGGGCCCGGCCAUGGAGCGCGGAGCGCGGCGGGGGACGGAGACCCCCAGAGGGGUGGCUCUGACCGGCUGUGUGCCCCCAAAGCAUGGGGGGGACCCCCGGGAUGAGCCCCCCCCGUGCACCGUGAGGAUGCGGGGGGACGUGCUGCUGCCCGUGGGGGGCUCGUGCCGGGGGGACGCGGCUGGGGAGCCCCCCGGGGUGGUGGUGGUGGACGGCGGUGAGGAGCCGGGCGCAGACGAGGAGCAGCAGGAGGAGCAGGAGGCCGCAGCCGAGGAGGUCCCAAAGGUGCUGGCUGUGGCCACGGAGCCCCCCGAGGUGCCGGCCCCGAUGGCCGUGCAGGUCGUGCCCCGCGGGAGCUGCUUGAUCCACAACUGGCAGGAGGAGGUAACCCCACAGCCCCCCUGCUCCUCAAAUCGGUGCAGGGCACAGCAUGUGCUUAGGGACCCCUUGGGGGGUCAAUGCACCUGGGGGGCUCGGGGAGGGGUCGGUGCCAUCCAGGGGAAGUGCUGGAGCCACGCCGUGUCCCCAGAGAGCCACCAACGACCUGGACCAGGUGCCGGUGCCGGAGAUGGGCAGCGAGGGCUUCGUCCACCGGCACGGCCACCGCGGGCUGCUGACCCUCCAGCCACCAGCCCAGCCGCCCCCCAGCAGCACCACCAAGCAGGCCUUUCGCCCGCCCCACAGCGUCCCGAUGCUGGCGAGAGGGCAGCGGGAGGCCAUGCUGGAGCUGAUGCUCUACCAGAAGUACAGGUGAGACUGCCCCUCCCCGGCCCCAAGGGUGGUCCCCGUGCUUGGGGACCCCAAAAUCGGGCAGCUGGGGGGGUGGUCCCACAGGCAGGAGCUGCUGGAGGAGAUGUCCCCACCCCGUGCGCCCAUGGAGAGCCUCUCCACCACGCACCGGGAUUUCCAGGCAGGGGGCUUCCAGCCCACGCCGCCGCCCACCACCCAGCCCCACGACUACCGCACGGAGCAGCCCUGCAGCUUCUGGCUGGAGCAAGCCCGCAGCGUGCCCGUGAGCACCCCCAGCCCACCCUGCCCGUGGGGACAGCACCCCCUGCUCACGGGGGUCCCCGCGUCCCUCUCCUCCAGGGCGUCACCUGCAUCCGCACCGGGGACAGCCCCUUUCGGAGGAACGCUGCCUUCUCCACCCCCAUCACCGAGUACCUGGAGCAGCCCCUGCCCCACGUCGCCGAAAGCUACGGGGUGCGGCCGAGCAAGCAAUAAAGAGCAGGCGGUGUCCCUGCCCUGGCACCCAAGGGUGUCCCUGCGACCCUGCGCACCUUGGCUGUCCCCUGUGGGGCAGGGGACCCCGAUAACCACCCCCUGCUGGCAGCCAGCACCACCCCCAAACGCGGCACAUCCCCGGGGAUGCGUCCUCUCCCUGUGCCCGCGGUGGGUGACACGCGUCCCCGUCCCCGUCCCCAUCCAGCCCCAAGCUCGGAGCCCCCAAAAGCAGACAGCGGCGCUGGGGGCAGGUUGUAUUUCAACAAAAUAGUCUGCGCGGACGCCUAUAUUUACACCUGGGGAGGGGGUAUUUACAGGAGCCGGGGGGGGAGGGCUAUGUACAGGGGAAGAGGAGGGGG